UAGAUUCUGAAGCUACAGUGCAGCUACUUUUACUAUUUUCUAACCCAGAACCAGUAUUUGUAUUGUAAUUUUUUUCUUUAACAUUCAUACACCCUUAAAGAGGUCAAAUAUAAUUUUAGGCUAGCAUGUUGACACAAUCAGUCAAUGGUUACAUUUGAGCAGACCCUCAUAUUGGAACCUAAUUGCUUCGUUGAUCAACUUUCAUGGUAAUUAUACCAUAUGUAACAUAAAGUACAUCAUGAAUAUUUAGUAUAUGUUGGUUGUUUGAUACAUUGUGGUUGUGUACGGACAUGCAUUUCAGUCAUGUUUUGAAACUUCAUGUGAUAGAAUCUCCAAACAUUAUUUUCCAGAUUACUGUAUCCAUUGUUAAUAAAGGCUGACCCAACAGUAUUAAAUUAAGGCUACAUUUGGACUAUAUUAACCAUCCGUGGACGAACCGGGUGAAAUACAACAAGCAAACAUGACAGGUCUGUAUUGUCGUGGAUGCCCACCAUUUUAAUUUGUCAAAGUGUUUGCCUAUGCAGUCAAGAUGUGGAUGAGAAACCUAAAUAGCCGUAGUAAACAGUGGUGAAUUUCACUAAACUUGAAGGUAUGAAGUAGGGUGUAUCAAAACUUGGAGAUGGUCUGUAGUGGGUCAGGAAUGUAGAUGAGUGAAUUAGUUGUUGACAGAAAUGAAUACUGCCAAACAGUUAUUGAGCAACGUAUAUAUGUGCUAUCCUGUGCUGACGCCGACUCUGGAGCUUGGCCCAGCAUAAGAGUUUGACUCCACACUGCCAGGGCCACAAACAUGCCCCAAUCUGGUUGUUGUCCAUGUUUCAUCAAUAGAAAGCCUUGAAAGAAUGUGAAAAGUGUGAGUGACCACAUCAGAACGUGACAGACUGGCAUCCGUGGAAAACUGUGGGUCGACUUGGUGUGCGUCUUUGUGCUUCUGGAACUCAACAGCCCUUGGUGCCGUGAUAGUUCAUGUGAAAACAGCACGACUUAAGUAAAAAAAAAAAAAAAGCCACAUUCUUUACUGCACACGGCUACCGGCUGCCGUGGUUGCUACAAAGACCAGUUAUACUCUAUUUUAUAUGAUUUUGCUGCUCCACUCGCUUGUCUGUACAUCUAAACUUCCUGUUGUUUACGUUCUUGUAAUCCAUAAAAGAAGGGAUUGACAUUAUAUGAUUGGUUAUUUGUAUUUUAUACAUUUGCUGUGAGCACAAACCAAACAAAACAAACAGAUUUGAUCCAUAAAAAAAAUAACUACAUAUUUAGUACUUUAUAUGUAUUCAUUUCUUUAUUUUGUUCAAUUCCAUAGCACGCCUCAUUGAAAUAUUCUGGCUUUAACAACAAUGUGUCAAAGUGUGCGGACAUUUUCGCACAAGAGUCUGAAAAUGAAUGAUGACCACCAGUUUGCAUGAGUGUGUGGAUUGCUUUACUCACAGGACUGGACCGAGUCAUGUUUGUCCUCAGCAGAGAAUGAUCCUACCAAGUCAAACAAGUGGCACGUUGCCACGUCAGCAGUCCAUUCAUACACACAUGAGGAGAUUGUCGAACAUUAAAAGUGCAGCAUGGAGACAUCAGCUCCAGCUGCCACUGAGAAGAAGGAGUGCAAAGGGACUGGUUUGGAUGGAAGCAGCUUCUCAGAAAUUCCAAAGAAGCCCUCCCCCACCUCCAGAGGUGUACACCACAUCUUCCCGACAUUUCACACACCCAUCCCAAUCGACAUGAGACACCAUGAGGGGCGGUACCAUUAUGAACCCCACCCUCUGCACACCAUGCAUGGAGGUCCGGGACUAACUGGCAGUCCAGUCAUCUCAGACAUCUCCCUGAUUCGUCUAUCGCCCCAUGCACCGACUGGGCCGGGUGAGUCUCCGUUCAGCCCUCCACAUCCCUACGUCAGCCCACACAUGGAGCAGUACCUACGCUCAGUACAUGGAAGCCCCACCCUCUCCAUGAUCUCAGCAGCACGAGGACUGAGCCCUGCCGAAGUUACCCAUGAACACUUAAAAGACCGGGCCCUAUUCACUCUCCCUCCACCACCACCACCAGGGGCCAACCCCACAGAAUAUUACCAUCUGAUGGCCAGUGCUAGCCAGCGAAAUCCAUAUGGAGACCUCUUGAUGCAAAGCGGUGCAGCAGCAGCAGCAGCAGCAGCAGCAGCGGCAGCUCAUUUACCAGAUUACAUCAGUCCAGUGGAUGUGUCGCGUUUUUCCAGUCCUCGGAUGACACCCCGACUGAGCAGGAAAAGGGCACUAUCCAUCUCUCCGCUAUCAGAUGCCAGCAUCGACCUGCAGACCAUGAUCCGUACCUCACCCAACUCCCUGGUUGCCUACAUCAACAACUCCCGUUCUAGUUCGGCUGCCAGCAGCUCCUAUGGACACCUUUCAGUUGGAGGAAUCAGCCCUUCAUUCAGCUUCCCUCAUCCCAUUAACCCAGUGGCGUAUCAGCAGUUGUUGUCGCAACAGAGAGGUCUGAAUGCCUUUGGCCACACUCCCCCUCUCAUUCAACCGCCACCAUCCUCGUUCUCUGCCCGCCAGCAUUCCCUGGUCACUCCGCCUAUGUCCACUUCUCAUAACAGCACUACAUCAGAAGCUAAUCAGAAUGCCAGUGGAGAUCCAGCCGUGAGCAGCACAGUCAACCCAUUGAACUCCAAAAGGACAAAGGUUAAAAUGGAAGUCGAAGGACCUCUGCCCAUCUCACCAACCUCUCUGGACCAUGGUGGAGGAAUGCUGGAAAUGAGUGAGGAGCUUGAUAAAGAUGAGUGCAAACAGGAACCUGAGGCCAUAUAUGAGACCAACUGCCACUGGGAAGGUUGUACCAAGGAGUAUGAUACCCAAGACCAACUUGUACAUCACAUCAACAAUGACCACAUCCAUGGUGAAAAGAAGGAGUUUGUGUGUCGGUGGGUGGAGUGUUCACGAGAGCAAAAGCCCUUCAAGGCCCAGUAUAUGCUGGUGGUCCACAUGAGGAGACACACGGGCGAGAAGCCGCAUAAAUGCACAUUUGAGGGCUGCACAAAAGCUUACUCCCGUCUAGAGAAUCUCAAGACCCACCUUCGGUCUCACACUGGGGAGAAGCCCUAUGUGUGUGAGCAUGAAGGCUGCAACAAGGCUUUCUCAAAUGCUUCAGACCGAGCCAAGCACCAGAAUCGUACACAUUCUAAUGAGAAACCAUAUGUAUGUAAAAUUGCGGGUUGUACCAAGCGCUACACAGACCCCAGCUCUCUCAGGAAGCAUGUUAAGACUGUUCACGGACCGGAGGCUCAUGUCACCAAGAAACAGCGAAGUGACGCUCCUCGAGGACUUCAACCUCCCAAAGACAAUGGCGAGAAUGAAUUCCAUUCUAAAAAUGGCACAGGAAGUGUGGAUGAAAGGACUGAUGCCAAAGGCACCAUGAGAAGCAUGGAAGACUGUCUACAAGUCAAAUCAAUCAAGACUGAGAAUUCCAUUAUGUAUCAGUCCAGUCCUGGUGGUCACUCAUCAUGUAGCAGUCAGCCAUCACCUCUCAGCAGCACCAACAACAACGACAGUGGGGUAGAGAUGGCCAUGCACAGUGGGGGCAGCUUUGGGGACCUGAGUGCACAAGAUGAGUGUCCCUUGGUUGACUCUACUGUUCCUGCUGGGGGACAACAGACAGGGAUGGGACUUCAGCUGAGGAAAGCAGUGAGUCAUUGUGGCACAGUUACCAUCAAAAUGCAGACUAUCAAGAAAGAACAGCUGAAGACGGUGAGAGACUCCUGCCCGUGGGUCAAUUCAGCACCACAGCCCCAACAGGGCCAACGCAACAACACUAAGCUGCCCCCAAUACCUACAGCUGGUUCCUUGCUGGAGAACUCCAACUUAACAACAAACCUCAACAGUUUACACAAUGGUCAGCGUUUCGGAGACCAGUCUUUGUGUGAAGUUACUCUGCUAAACCAACUAAAUGAUCGGCGUAAUAGCACAACCAGCACAAUCAGCUCAGCAUACACCAUGAGUCGGCGCUCAUCCGGCAUCUCACCUUGCUACUCCAGCCGUCGCUCCAGUGAGGCAUCCCAAUUUGGUGCUAACCGUCAUAACAAUAUCAGUUCAGCAGACUCCUAUGACCCAAUCUCCACUGAUUUAUCCCGACGGUCCAGUGAGGCUAGCCAUUGCGGAGGUGGUGGUGCUGGUGGAGCAGGGGGAGGAAAUCUCCCAAGCCUUCUAAGUCUGACCCCAGCUCAGCAUUAUCGUCUAAAGGCAAAAUAUGCUGCUGCCAUUGGUGGAGCACCACCUACGCCCUUACCCAAUAUGGAGAGAAUGAGCCUCAGGACCCGCAUGGCCCUCUAUAGUGACUCUCAGGAAUAUUCAACACACCAUUACCACCAGCCAUCCUCUGGAAAUGUGCCACGGCGAUGCAGUGAUACUGGAUAUGGCAACCACAGCCUGAUGCCCCAUGAGGUACCUGCCAACCUUCCACGCCGGGCCAGUGACCCAGUGCGCUGUCCCACCCAUGACACUCUUUCUACAGUUCCACGCUAUAACAGUAUGAACAGCAUGAAUAGUUCUUCAGAAUGUCAUCAAGCAUUGGCAAUGUAUGGUUACACUCGUUCUGAUGGCAACCUGCAGCGCUACCCGUUUGCCCCCAGACCACCAAGCAUUUCAGAAAAUGUAGCUAUGGAGAACAUGGCGGUAGAUGGGAUGGGAAAUGGGGGCGAACAGGGCGCGGAGGAUGAUAUAGUUCUUCCAGAUGACAUGGUGCAAUACCUUAGGUCCCAAAACCCAGGCAACCAAGGUCACAACUUAGGACAAGGGAACUACCAAUUCAAUAACCAGUCUCAGGGCUAUCAGACUGGCAGUGCCCCGCUCGCCUCAUUUUAUUCCCAGAGAAGGGGUCCUUUGUUUGAUGCCUGUUUGAUGCAGUCUGGUCAGGAUAUGAAUCAUAGUGACCCCCAAGAGCCUUUCUCAACGUCAUCACAUAUUAACAAGAAUAAUAUGCCAGUUCAGUGGAAUGAGGUGAGUUCAGGAACCGUGGACACUGCAACAAAGCUCCCCAAACAGCAACAUUCUCUCAGGGGAAACCUAACUGUUGUUCCACAGAGGAACAAUUUUGCUUCCUUCCAGGCACAAGGUCAAGGCCUUGGCAGCAAUCAGCAAGUCGUACCAGUGAAUCAGAAUAUGUAUAAACAGGGCUAUGCAAAUCACAACAACAAGAGGCUGAACAACCCCCAUCAUCAGCAAAAACAGUGCAGCACUUUGAAAUUGAAUGACCAAAGUUCUGUACAAGGGUUUAGCCAAGACACAAUUCAAAAUUCUAUUUCUGCAAGCAAUAAUGUGCGAGCCACUCGGAAUAAUGUGAUGGAUCAAGGAGUGCAAAGUUAUAGAGGAAGGGCACAACCUGAUGAAUAUUCUCACAUAAACCAUGUGGUUUAUCAGCAACAGCACUAUAAUAUUUUAUCCCAGCACAGCAACAUACAGAAUGGUACCAGUGUAAUGUUACCGCCAAGACCCCCAGUAGAACCCAAGGCAGGUAGCAGGCAGCAUCCUGUUUCUGGUAUGAUGCAAUUGAACAGAAUACCCAAGUUAUCUGAUGUGAGUCCCGGUCUGCAGAACAACACGUCAGAGGCAAGUCCAAAAAGGCCCAAUGGGACGGCGACCUUACGAAACAACUCUGAGAAUCCCAACUCUGCAAUGUUCUACACAGGUGAAAUUCAUUUGUUUGAACAAACACCUGCAACCUUCGAGGCCUCAGUGUCCCCCAAUGUAAGCCAGACCCCUGCCAAUAACAACGUGGCAGUAAGUAACAUGGUCUCACCAGGAGUCAACCAGGUCUCUAGCAGUACAGUAGAUUCUUCCACAGGUAGAAAUGGUGGUGCGGAACACACCCAAAUCGAUUUUGACUCGAUCUUAGAUGAUGGGGAUCACUCCAGCCUGAUGUCAGGGACCCUUAGUCCUGGCCUUUUGCAGAGCCUCUCCCAGAAUUCAUCUCGUCUCACCACCCCUCGCAAUUCUGUUACUCUUGCAUCGGUACCAGCAGGAAUUGGCAACAUGGCCAUUGGGGAUAUGAGCUCAAUGCUCACAGCACUGGCUGAAGAAAGCAAGUUCCUCAAUAUGAUUAGUUAGGAGCAAACACAGCUUUAAGCCAAUUCAGUCGCAAUAAGUCAUACAUCAGGAAUACAUGGACUGGACAAAGCACUGACUGAACAAUGAAUGAGUGGUCAUUUUAUUUGUUUUAUUGUCACUGUCUACAGUAUAUCAGUAUGAUAUUCUUGUUAGAUUUGUAUGAAGAUGUUUAUGUCAAGAGUCUAGGAGAUAAGAAAGGACUCAUUCAGCCAUAUACACACAAACACCAGUGGCGUGUGGGGUCGACGGUGGAGGUGUAAAACAUACAUAUGUACAUACAUACAUACAUAGUACAUACAUACAUACAUACAUACAUACAUACAUACAUACAUAGUAAAGUCAAACCUCGGUUUUCGACCACAAUCCGUUCCAGAAGGCGGUUCGAGAAG